AAUGACCCAAGCACCAGAUGCGAUCUCGCCACAGCCGCCUCUAGUCGUCUCUCCACUAGCCACAAUGUCCAGCACCGUCGACAUCCCGCAGGAGCUCAAGGCGUCCCUCCGCAAAUUUCGCUUUAAGCGUCGCAAUGCCGGACACGCCGCCAUGGUCGUCAAGAUCAACAAGCAGAAGCUCAUUAUGGAGGAGAUAGAGCAGUUUGACAACAUCAGCAUUGAAGAUCUGGCAGAAGAGCUGCCAGAGAACGCCCCGCGUUAUGUCGUGUUAUCAUACGAGCUCAACCACUCGGACGGACGCAAAUCUUUCCCUCUUGUACUCCUCAACUGGGCGCCGACGUCUAGUGAAAUGAGCCUCCUGACCCUGCAUGCGAGUGGCCUGAUAGAAUUUCAGAACACUGCCGAUGUGGGCAAGGUUGUCGAGGUCAGAGACGGUGCAGAAGGCUUGACCACCGAUGUCGUCAACGCUCGUCUCCUCCAGACAUGAUCACGCUGCGCGAUCCACUCAAUUGAGGCUCACAUGGAAGGGAAACACGGGAAACAUGUAACAUUAGCCGGAAACUUUUCAAGUAAACAAUAUGAUAUCAACACUGUGAAUAUCUUACUGCAACACCACCCUAUGGUUCAUAGUACUCCAUGAUGCCCGCUAAGACCCAUGCGUGACCUGCCAAGUAUAUCACGCUUCUCACCCAGAGGCCAAAGAACACGUUCUGACCGAGGAACUCGAGCUUGUAUGCCUCGCUCAGCCAGAGGGCCUGCGUGCCCACCCACAUACCUGCAAGCUGCAGCGCUUGGCGGGGCGUCAUGUUCAGCCGCGGUAUCAGCAGCGGCAGGAAGAGCAGGUACCAGAGGAAAUACUGAGAUGUGCACACUUUGUUGAAGAUGACAAACACGAACGUCUGCACGAACCACGCGAAGGCGAGAUCCUGCCUCCGCCUGCCGAAGAGCAGGCCCGCGCCGAGCGAGAGCGUCAUCUGGGGAACGAAGCUCGUGAGCGGCGAGCGCAGCAGGCUCUGCCAGACCGUCGGCGGCUCAGCAGAUGCGUAAUGCGUCGGGUAAGUCAGGUAGAUGAAGUAGAAGUACGGCGAGAAGUUGUGUCGAUGGUCGAGGCGAUGGACGUGGUAGAGGUAGCUUUCGUACAGGAAUGGGUGUCCCCAUCUGCCCCGCCUCAUGAGACUCGCAGUAUACCAUGUAUGUAGAACAUACACGACUCACAUCGCAUACAUCGCCGCACCCAGCAGCACGAACGUCCCAGCGCUGAUCGCCCCAAACCGCACCGUGCGCCCGUUAACAAGUGUCUGCACGUAGCCCUUCCACCCGCGCGCAACGCCGCGCUCCGAACCAAUAACACCGAGGCACGCGACGCCAUACACGAACGGGUAGAUCUUCCAGUGCGUGCUGAGCCCGAGGAGCACGGCCGCGGCGGUCCAGCGUGCGCGCAGCGCGGCGUAGAGCGUGAGCAGCACGAAGAGCGCAAGCACGCUCUCGGACGAGCCGCGCGUCGAGAUCGUGAAGACGAGCGGAUCGAGGAGGUGGGCCCCCGCGAGAAGCGUCGCGAGCCGCGCCCGCCGCUCGGACACUUCGCCCGCGGACUGAGGCGCGUCGUCCGGAGACGUGCGUAAGCGGGACUCGGCGGAGGGGAGGAUGACGUCCGUGAGGAGUUUGUACAUGAGCACCCCCGCGAGGAUGUCACAUGCCGCGAAGAGGUACUUCCCGAACGACGGGUGGAUCCAUUCGUUGGGUGCUAAGAGAAGUGCGAGCAGGGGUGUGUAUCGGUAUGUCGCUCGUCUGUACGGGCUGCACUGGGAUCAACCAUCGAUGCAGAACAUUU